CUCUAAAGAAGAAGAAGAAGAAGAAGAAGAAGGAGGCUCCUCCUACUCAACAUGGCGUCCUAGAGGAGCGUCCACGCUCGUUUGUUGACAUAUUUUUAAAACCAAGCUUAUGCUGUAUUAGUGGAUUUACAACUAGUAUAACUAUGUCGAGACUCAUCGUCAAAAACCUCCCUAAUGGGAUGAAGGAUGAGAGGUUCAGGUCCAUGUUUGCUGCCUUUGGCACCGUGACAGACUGCUCUCUGAAAUUUACCAAGGACGGAAAGUUCCGUAAGUUCGGCUUUGUGGGUUUUAAAGCUGAAGAAGAUGCGGACAAAGCUCUGAAACACUUCAACAAGAGCUUCGUGGACACAUCCAGAGUGACGGUGGAGAUGUGUAAGGCCUUUGGAGACCCCACUAAAGCAAAAGCCUGGAGCAAACACACCCAGAGCUCAGGCCCGGACAAACCCUCCGCUGCUCCUGACACGGACAGCAAAAAGAAAAAUAAGCAGAAAAAGGAAACCGACGGUACACUUGGAAAUCUGGAAGAGGACCAGGGAUUCAAGGAGUUUCUGUCGGUACAUCAGAACCGAAGCCAAGCACCAACCUGGUCGAAUGACACACUGCAGCAGAAAACUGAUCCUGACGGUGUACAGGCGAAGGCUCAGAGCAAGAAGAAGCCUGCUUCAGAUGAUUACCUUAACUUUGAUUCAGACCAGUCAGAGGAUGAGGAGGAGGAGGAGGAAGAUGAAGGUGCUACUAAAGAAGCGCUAAAGUCUGGCUUAUCAGAUAUGGAGUACCUGCGCUCAAAGGUGGCGCAGACAGAGGACACCAUGGAGGAGCGUGAGGAAAAGAGAGACGAUGAAGAAGAUGAGGAGGAUGAGGAUUCUGGUCCUGUGCAGCACACAGACAGCGCCUAUGAGAGUGGCGACAGAGAAAACCUCUCAAAGACCAAAACCUCAGUUUCCUCUGAGGAUAAGAAGCAGAGCAAAGCGAAGAAAACUGGCAAGCAGGAGAUGGAGCCAACAACAGAAUUCACAGUGAAGCUGAGAGGAGCCCCGUUCAAUGUGAAGGAGCAACAAAUUCGAGAGUUCAUGACGCCCCUGAAGCCCGCAGCAAUCAGGAUUGGGAAGAACGAAAGCGGAAAUAGAACAGGUUAUGUAUAUGUGGACUUGCACUCUGAUGAGCAGGUGGAAAAGGCCUUGAAGAAGAAUAAAGACUACAUAGGUGGGCGUUACAUUGAGCUCUUCCGUGUGGAUGCCUUUAUGGGUAAGAACAAGAGAGACGGAAAGGACAAAGAAAUUGACAGAAGCUUCACCAGGAAGCUCAAGGAGGAUGAGGAGGAGGAAGAUGUUGCAGAGUCAGGUCGACUCUUCAUCAGGAACCUUCCUUACACCUGCACAGAGGAAGAGAUCAAAGAGCUUUUUGCUAAACAUGGUCCUUUAUCUGAGAUGCUCUUCCCGAUUGACAAUCUAACCAAGAGACCUAAAGGAUUCGCUUUCGUAACGUACAUGAUACCAGAGAACGCUGUGACGGCUCUGGCUCAGCUGGACGGACAUGUAUUUCAGGGCAGGAUGCUUCACCUGCUGCCCUCCACACUGAAGAAGGAGAAGACUGACUCAGAUGCUGGUGGACCUGGCUCUUCGACUUACAAACGGCAAAAAGAUGCUAAAAAUAAAGCUUCAAGUUCCAGCUCCCACAACUGGAACAGCCUAUUUCUGGGUACAAGUGCCGUGGCAGAUGCCAUUGCUGACAAAUACAACACCACAAAAAGCCAAGUCCUGGACCACGAGUCAAAGGGAAGUCUUGCUGUGAGGAUGGCUCUGGGAGAGACUCAGAUCGUUCAGGAGACUCGGCAGUUUCUACUAGACAACGGUGUCAGUCUGGAUUCCUUCAGUCAGGCGGCGGCAGCGAGGAGUACGACUGUGAUCCUGGUGAAAAACCUUCCAGCUGCUGUGACGGCGGCAGAGUUGGAGGAGCUCUUCUCCCCUCAUGGCUCUUUGGGCCGAGUGCUGCUGCCGCCCUCAGGCCUCACCGCUAUGAUCGAGUUCCUCGAGGCAACUGAGGCAAAACGAGCCUUCACUCGGUUGGCCUACAGCAAGUUCCAACACAUCCCACUGUAUUUGGAGUGGGCACCUGUGGGGGUGUUUGUGGCAGCCAAACCAGAACCAGUAUUAGAAAAAGAGGAGGCAAUGAAAGAGCAGAAGGAGGAGGAGGAAGAAGAAGAAGAGGAGGAGGAGGAAGAAUCUGCUCCUGGUUCCACACUUUUCAUUAAAAAUCUUAAUUUCAGUUCAACAGAGGAGACACUGCAGGAGACAUUCUCCAAAUGUGGCAAGAUCAUGUCCUGCACCAUCUCCAAGAAGAAAGAUAAAACUGGCAAGGUGUUGUCCAUGGGUUACGGUUUUGUUCAGUAUCAGACAGCAGAGGCAGCACAGAAGGCCCUGAGGCAACUACAGCACUGUAGUGUGGAUGAUCACCAGCUAGAGCUGAAGAUUUCUGAAAGAGCCACAAGGACUACUGAGGUGUCACGCAAGAAGAGGCAAGACGAGAAGAAACAGACAGGAUCCAAGAUCCUUGUGCGGAACGUCCCCUUCCAAGCCACUGUCCGGGAAAUUCGGGAACUCUUCUGUACAUUUGGAGAGCUGAAGACAGUCCGUCUUCCAAAGAAAGCAGCUGGUUCAGGGAAUCAUCGAGGCUUUGGCUUUAUUGACUUCCUCACCAAACAGGACGCUAAGAAAGCAUUUGCAGCACUGUGCCACAGCACUCAUCUGUACGGGAGACGCCUUGUGCUAGAGUGGGCUGAUGCUGAGGAAACGGUAGAGACAUUGAGACGGAAAACAGCCGAGCAUUUCCAUGUUGCCACCAAAAAGCUGCGAAAGACAGAAGUUAUGGAGGGAAUUAUGGAGACGAUGGAAACCGGAGGGGGUGCGGAAGACUAAACGUUGUCCCUGUCACAAUCCUAGACCCUGACCAGUGUUUCUGUAUUUUAUUUUGUAUACAGGACUGUGAACAAAAUUAGGACCUGAGUGGUAAUGUGUAGAGGGAGCUAAUUAUAAUGAAGUUAUCAGCUGGUAGAAGUUUUGGAUUUCUUUUACAUUACACAUGUUUUGUAUAGAAUGAUGCAGCAAAGAAAUAUUAUUAGACUGUCAGUUUUUAUAUAAAAUGUUAUUUCAUGCUUUAAAAGUAUAAUGUCUCAUGUUGUGUGUUUGUGUAAGUGACUGGAAAAAAAACAAAGCAAGUGGAUUGGGUCUUUAUAUGAA